CAUUAAAAGGUCUCUUGUUUUCGACCUGGACACUAAGUAGGCAACGAUACAAACACUCCCCUCCCUGUCUGCAACUCGACAUAAUCAUGAAUUGCAGUGGCACAGGGGACGGCAAUUUCGGAAAUACGAACCAUCCUUCCGCCGCACGGGCACCUUGCGCUUGCGAUAAUGCGAUUGCGCAUUCGGACGUCUCAGUAUCUGACAGGUGACAACCGCGACCCAUUCUAGCAUCUUCAUCUGGACGCGUUGUUUUUCGCGGCGGGGGACACUGUCAAUCGGUACCGAAGCUACUUACUGAUAUAUGCUGUAAGCCUUGCGGACCUCGCCUGCUAUACCUCAAGCGAUAUGGAUGAUUCCAAUCGAAUAUCCAUCACCGUAUGCGGAGACGGUGGCACGGGAAAAUCAUCCAUCACAUUGAGAUUGGUGCGGAGUCAAUGGACCCAUGAGUACGAUCCUACGAUAGAGGAUUCAUAUUCUGUCACUCGGACCAUCGAUGGCCAGACCUAUCUCCUCAUGCUCACCGACACCGCUGGCCAGGAGGAAUAUCGAGGGUUGUGGGCCGCUUCGAACCUCCGCUCCGAUGCCUUCCUCCUCGUCUACGACAUCACCAAUGCCGCCUCCCUCGAUGCCCUGGACUAUUUUACCGAGAUGAUCGAGAUGGAAACCGAACAGCGGAUCGAUACAGGCGGUAUCCCUCCCGUCACGAUCGUAGCAGGGAACAAAUGCGAUUUGCAAAGUCAGCGGCAGGUCCGGAGCCAACAAGGCCUAGAGUGGGCGCGAAAGAGAAGAUGCGGGUUCAUGGAGACAAGUGCAAGGGAGAUGGUGAAUAUCGAGGAGACGUUUGCGCUCCUUGUCCGCCGAGUUGUUGAAGCCCGGAAAUUGCAACAUUUUGGUGGUUAUGACUCCGCUGCAGUCGCGCCAACGAACCGGUUAGGUCUGAUGCCGUUGUCAGAAAAGCCUCGUGCGACGGUUGAGACGAAAGCCGUGGACAAGAACGAGGCUUCAGGCUUCUGGGGGCGGCUGAAAUGCUGGGAACGAGACUGAUCUGCUUUGUCGUGGAGCCAGGCGUAUGAGUUUGAAGGAUACCUUACCAGGCAUUACCUAUAUGUGAUUUAUUUCCUUUCGCAUAUCGCAGCCUGUAUCUUGUUAUUUAGC